AUGAGCCAUCUUUUGCCAGACCAUGCCCGCAGAAAGACCAGCGAGGAUGGACACGAUGAGCCGCUGCUGGAGUCUGGACGGGCCAGUCUUGAAGACGACGACAUCGAACUUUCAGAGUUAGGCGGAGAGAGGACUCCAAUCAGCCAUUACACAGAGCGAGAUCAACCACCCAAGAAGGAGGUAUCCUGGGCCGUCAUUGCCGUCACCCUUGCAGUCUGUGUUGUUGGCUUCACAAUCAACACCGAAGCUACCGCCUACUUUGAGGAUGAAUUGGGCUGGAGAAAACCAUUCGCGACGCUGUAUAUCACCCACAGCUCGUUGAUCUUGCCUUGGCUGUGCCACAUCGCUUACCUGCGCUGGAAGGAUCGCCAUGUCCCGUAUAUGAGCUGGGUCCGCGAGUACAAUAACCAACUACGAGGAUCCAUUGCGACCAUCGACGCCUUUGCCAAGCAUGGCCCGACAAUGAUCUGGAAACGACAAGGCCAGGUGGGUGGCCCUCUGGACUUCCUGGCCUCAACCAUGGGCGUUGUGACGAUUGUGCUCACAGUUAGCGGUGUCUCGUGGUUCACCUCUCUGUCAUUGACCACACCAGCGGAUUUGACAGCCAUCUACAACUGUUCUACCUUCUUCGCCGCCGCCUUCAGUGUACCCAUCCUCAAGGAACGCUUAGGCUGGAUGGCUAUCCUGGCAGUUGCACUUUCCAUUGCGGGCACCUUCACCAUAGCAUACGGAGAUACGACAGCAGAGCACGAUGAAUCGGCAAUCGGCGCAAGCAGGCUUGUGGGUAACAUCAUUGCAUGUGUGGGUGCUGUGGCGUUUGGGCUGUAUGAAGUAUUGUUCAAAAAGUGGGCAUGUUCGUCAAGGCCGGAAAGUCAGGAGUCCAGUUUGCCUUUGACGCUGGCUGCGUCGGCGUUGACUGGGUUUUAUACACUGGGCGUCCUUUGGGUCGGCAUCAUCGUGCUGCAUUUCGUGGGGUGGGAGGUCUUCACCCUUCCCAGCUGGUAUGCUCUCGGCUGGAUCGUGAUUGCGGUUUUGGCUGGCUCCAUUUCUAUCACUCUACUGGUCGUCCUCGUCAUCUGGACAGACCCAGUCUUUGGCUCGAUGGCCAAUGUAUUGAGCGUCUUCUUUGUAGCAUUGGCGGACUGGCUUGUCUGGGGCCUCAGUCCUUCCUUGGCCACGUACAUCGGCGGCGCCUUAAUCUUCGUGGCAUUUACUCUGUUGUCGUGGGAGACUUUGGGCGACAAGGAGAAGAAAUAG